UUUUCGUAUCGUGUUAGCCUUGAUCAGUACUGGCGUACUGACACACCAGACAGUUCGUUCCCCUUGUAGUGAAGAAAAAUUCAAGUGGUCCCAUGUCAGUUCUUGUGACAUUACAAGUCAUCGAUUUUACAAUUUUUUACAUCAAUUUUUGAAUAAUUUUCGAGUGUUUUCCACCCUUCGUAGUAUAAAAAUGGGUGCUAGACAGUCCAAAAGGUCGGUGGACAUUACGACAACCCCCAAAAAGGGCGAAGAGGUCGCCGUCGAGGGCGAAGGCAAAGUCGAAAAAAUCCCAGAAAUCGAUAAAGUCACCACGAACGGUGCCAUACAUAGCGAAAUUGAAUAUGCCGAUAAAGACGAAAGUACCAAAGACGAGACUGAAACGGCCGAAAUUAAAGAAAACGGCGUUUCGGAAUCAGAAGAUGCGAAAACUCCAGAAGGCGAUACCACCGCCGCCGGUGAUCAAUUGAACGAAUCGGAAAAAUCACCAACAUCAGGUGAGGAUAGUAAAGUCGAGGAAACACCCGAAAAUAAGAAGAGUAAAGAGAAAUCGAAAAAGAAAAAAUGGUCAUUUAGAAGCAUAUCGUUUUCGAAAAAAGAUAAAUCUAAACCCAGCAAGGAUUCGGACAAGAAUGGCGAAGUUAAAGAAGUUGCUGAAGAGAAUGCCGCCGAGGAGACCGCCACGGAGACAGCCACUUCGCCGCCUUCUGAAGGUCCCAAGCCCGAAGAGGCGAAAACACCUGAAACCCCCGCAGCCCCGGCUGAAGCCGCCGCUCCUGUAGCUGAAACGCCCGCCCCCAAAUCAGCCCCCGAACCUGAACCCGUCGCUGCCCCUGAAGAAGUGAAAUCGCCGGUUGAAGAACCACCAAAACCGGUAGAAGAGACACCGAAACCGGCUGAAGAACCCCCCAAACCCGCGACACCACCCCCUGCUGAAGAACCUCCAAAACCGGAAGAAGUAUCUCCCGUGCCAGCAGCGCAACCGGAAGAAGUCCCCGCUGAACCUAAAGCUCCUGAACCUGCCCCUUCCCCAGUCAAACAGGAGGAGGAAAUAAAAGAGGUGCGUAGUACCGAAGAGGUCCCCCCGCCUUUGCCCUCCUCGAACCCCCCCAGUCCGGUGACGGUGUUUGCCGAAUCGACUAAAGCCGAUCCGGAACCGGAGGUUGUCGUCGAACCGGAAGAAGAAAAGGUUGCUUCUCCCGUUGUGGAGGAGUGUCCUCUUCCUCCGGUUCAGUCUCCUCCACCUCCGGUCGAGGAGGUUUCCGAACCGGUUGUUCCGGUGGUCGAACCCGCUGAUUCCCUUCCGGAUAUCUCGACGGAAUCGCUCCCUUCCCUCCCGGAACCAGUUUCCGAUAGUCUCCCAGAACCUAUGUCUCUCCCUCCCGUUGAAUCAUUACCGGAACCGAUCGCGACCACGGAAGAGACACUCCCUCCAGCACCUCCAUCCCCCCAACAACAACAAAAUGAAAUUAUUCUCACCAAUGGAAACACGAAUGGGCUACCGUCACCAAUCAGCAACGAUGAUAAGCUACCGCCCCCAGUAGAAGGACCAAUCAAACAGGUUCCGGCCGAGCCCGUAUUAGAAUGCACAGCUGAAAAGCCAAUCGAAUCCAUCCCCGGGACAGUUGAAGAAUAAGUUUUUCUUUGAAAUAAAUGUUUUUAUACAUGUAUAUGAACUAUUAUUACAAGUUAAAAUUAAAAAAAAGUUAACGGAUCAUUCCUGGCAGUGACCGUGGUUCGACCAAAAGAAGAAAAACAAAACUGCCAUUUAAAUUAGAGUUCUUUAGAAAUAUGAAUGUCCACAGCGCAAAAAUGGGAAUAGUUGAGAAAAUUUAAUACUCGUAUAUUAACUAUUUUAUAUUAAUGUUUAGUGGAAGUUUUUGGACAGUUUUUAUAUGUCGUUAAUGCGACCUUUUUAUCGUAUACAAUUGUAAAAUACAAGAAUUAGCGUAGUUUAGUGUUUAGAUGGCCUGCAUUGUUUAUUAAAAUUCUCUGUACACCCUCACGAUUGUUUGAAUAUAGUUUUUUAUUCGCCGUAUUUAUAUUUUUUGAAACAUGCUUCGUAGCUUUAGUGACAUAUCUACCAAAAAGUCUGUAUUAAGCGCCGUUUCGAACUCUUGACCCAAAUUUGUAUAAAAGAUUUUUAAAAUUCAUAGAUGUGUAGAGGUAGGAUCGGCUGUCUUAGUUGAAUAGUAUACGGUGUGCUUCAUGUGUUUCAGCUGUCGGCAGCUACGCCCCUCGCUUGUUUUUUGGCCAAGAAUCAAACGACUGGCGUUUUGUACCAAUGUAUAGCCCAUUUCGACUUGAAAUUUGUACAUUUACAACGAAAUUUAUUUGAGGAAAAAUUGUUCGGUGUUUCCAAAUUUUAAUGAACUAGCAUAGGUUUUGAACGGAAUUUAGUUUUGAUUUUUCACCAACUCGAAACUAUAUUCUUCACAGCUCUUUGAUAUUUCGUCAUUAUUACUCAUCGACUUAUCAAAAUGGCUGUGUGUAGGUAAAUACAGACUUCAUGUAAGUGUGAAUGUGUUUAUAAUAUAAAUAUAUAAAUAGGAUGUUU